AUGUCUUCCCAGAACCCCAUCCACAACGCCGCCGAGGCCGCCGGCCAAAAGAAGGACACCAGCCCCUCCAAGCCUAGCGUGAUCUCCUCCGAGGGCGCUAUUGGCAAGCAGUUUAACCCUGAUGGCAACAUCGGCCAGAUUGGCGAAGCUGUCGGUGGCCCCUUCUCCAAGGACGGUGUUAUUGGCAGCCAAUUUGAUGCGAGCAAGGGAGGCAUUGCAGGGACAGUUGAAAAGGCUGUAGAUGGCCCGCGAAACCCGGCAAAGAAGUAG